AUGUCUUCGGAUGAUCAGUCAUCAGACGACGAUGCCAGCAGCAGCAUCAUCAGCAGCGACGCGUCCUCGGAAGCAGGCGGCUUGGUUGACCUAGAAGCCCAAGAAUCAGCCAGCUCCGGAGAAUCCGAGGACGAGGACGACGCGCCGGAGCACACGUUUGCCAAGUUUACGCAGCUGCCGCCGGAGCUCAGGCUCCGCGUAUGGCAGCUCUUCUGUGCUGACCUGGUCGCCCGAGCCCGCGUCCUGCAGUUCAGCCUGUCCGCCAGCUCGGCGGCCAUGCGGCGGCCCGACCACCACUCGGUCAAGGACCACCUGACGCUCGCCGAUCAGACGGAAGCCCUGAGGAUCGUCAUGGCGACGCACCGCGAAUCCAGGAGCUUCGCCGCCGAGAAAUACCCCGACGAGCUCGGCAUGGACGCCGGGUCGGGCGAUGCCGUCGUCCGGUUCAGCAGGCGCGCGGACGUGGUCAUCCUGCGCGGCUUGACGACGGGCCGGCGCUACCUUUUGCCCGGGUUCGCGGAACGGGUCCGGAACCUGGGCGUGGUCCCGGACACGCAGCUGGAGGAGGCGGCGCCCUUCCUGGCGGGCGUGUUUCGCAACGUGGCGAGGCUGUACGUCAUCGCGGCCGCGGAGGCGGAGUCGUCGGCGCGGCUGCGGUGGUGCGUCACCGACUACGUCCACCGGUACGUGGUGGAGACGUACGAGAAGCAGCCGGGGCUGGGGGAGGACACGCAGUCGGUGUUUUGCUGGCCGGACGUCGACAGGCACGCCGAUUUCGCAAACUACUCGCUGCCGAGGCACUUGCCGCGCGGGCAAUGCGCCUUCCUGCCCGGGCUGGAGACCUGGCCCAUGGUGGAGUUUGAGCUGGAGAGCGGCGUGGCUCGGUACGCGGCGCUGAGGAAGAUGAAGCAUACGCCGCUGGGGGUCGAGGACCUGCACCACGGCGACGGCUCCGACUCCGACGACGAAGACUCCUCGGAGCAAGACGGCGGGGACGGAGACUCGCAGGACGGCGAGGGCACCGACUUGGACGAGUACGAGAGCGAGGGCAUUGACGACGGCGAGAUUGAGAUUUACGACUCGGGGGACUCGUCGGAAGUUGAGACGGAGCCCGGCGACGCGGGGCGAUUUUCCAGCCCCGAGGCCGACGACGGAGGUGGCGCGGCGCCGGCGCCGGUGCCGAGAUCGCGGAAGAGGAAGGUGGUUGUCGACUCGGAUGAGGACGAGCAAGGCGACGAGCCGGAAAUGAAGCGCGCGAGGCGUACGGGCGUAGGUGUCGUUUCGGAUGACGAGCACGGAGACGGGGCGGGUGCUGAGAUGCGUCGGGGGCGGGAGAAGCAAGUCUACAGCGGGGGUGGUUCUGAGGACGAGGGCGGUCAGGCGGAGCAGCCGGUGCGGCCGUCACUGGCGGAGCGAUUAGAGCGGCUCCGACAGGAACGAGUGUUAUCGUCAGCAAGCGAAGAGGAUGAUGGAGAAGACGACGAAGACGAAGACGAGGAAGACGAGGGCGAGGACGACGAAGAAGACGACGAGGACGAAGACGAGGACGAUGAAGAUGACGAGGAAGAUGACGAGGAAGACGAAGACGAAGACGAGGACCAGGACCAGGACAAUGACGGACUGUUGAACAUCAUGGCAGAAGAGGGUAGUGACGAUGAGCAAGACCAGUCAGACGAGGGCUGGUAA